AUGCAAAACACACCAUCUUCGGGUGUUGGCUCCAAUGUUCAAGGCUCAUCAUCAGUUCCGAGCACAAAUCCAUCAUCAUCAGCAUCGGGUACAUUCUUUUCAUCAACUAUGGUAAACGAGAAAGAUAUUCAAAAUGUACCAAAAGAUGCCAUCAUCAUUGAAAAGAUUUUGCAAAGUAUGGGGAUUAAAGAAUUCGAACCUAGAGUUACCGAACAAUUAUUGGAAUUGGUAUAUAGAUACGUUUAUGAAGUAAUUGAGGAUUCUUUUGUGUAUAUGGAUCAUGCUGGAAGAAGCGAUCUUGAUUUGGAGGACGUUCGAUUGUCCAUUCAAUCCAGAGUAAAUCAUUCAUACACAGAGCCACCACCAGUUGAAUUCCUUCUCGAAGUUGCAAAUCAAAAGAAUUCUCAGCCAAUUCUGCUCCCUAAGAAACCACGUGUAUUAUUACCUCCUCAACAUUUAUGUCUCGCCAACAGAAAUUAUCAAUUUUCAAAAACGCCCACAACUGAAGAAGGAAUUGCUGCAAGAAAGAAACGAAAACAAACAAGCCAUGCAGACACCAUGGAUUUGAAUGGUGGAGCAACGACCACGAAUAUUGACAAUGCCAUGCAAGACGAUGUUUCUGCCGCCUCAUCCGCUCACACUGGAGCACAAGAACCAGCUGAUACCAAUCUACCUGCAUCACCAUCCAAUGAAUAG